GCCCCUUAAGGGCGGCGGGGGCCGCCCCUUGGCGGACGGGCCUGAGUUCGGGGCUGACUUCGCCGCGUCCCCGGCCGGCCGCGGAGGCGCAGCCCGGCCUCGAGGGUCCCCGGGCAGCAUGGAGCCGAGCUGGCUGCUGGGGGGCGCAGCCCUGCUGCUGCUGCUGCUGCCCGCGCUGCUGGCGCUCAGCCCCGCCGCCCACUUCCAGCUCAAGAUCGGCGUCUACUGCGUCCUGUGCCUGGCGGCCUCGGCGCUGGCCGUCCCGCUCUGCCUGCUGCGGCACGGCGGCCGCACCGUGCGCAACAUGAGAAUCAUCAAAAAUAUCGUCAAGAACUUCAAGUAUAUUUAUGGCCUGAGGUUUGAGGCAACAGGUCUGGAGAACUUCCAGAUCAAGGAGCCAUGUGUCAUCGUGUCAAAUCAUCAGAGCAUCCUGGACAUGAUCGGGUUGAUGGAAAUCCUCCCAGAUAACUGUGUUCAGAUCGGCAAGAAGGAGCUGCUGUACAUGGGCCCUGUGGGCCUGAUAAUGUACCUGGGUGGUGUCGUCUUCAUCAACAGGAAGAGUACGAGCAAUGCCAAGACAGUGAUGGCCCAGGUUGCCCAGACCAUGUUGGAUGAGAACGUGAAAGUGUGGGUGUACCCGGAGGGCACGCGGAACGGGAAUGGUGACUUGUUACCAUUCAAGAAAGGAGCUUUUCAUCUCGCUAUACAGGCACAGGUUCCAGUUAUUCCUGUGGUGUAUUCCUCGUUCUCUUCAUUUUACAAUCCAGCCAAGAAGCUAUUUACAUCAGGUAAAAUCCGGGUUGAAGUGCUCCAGCCAAUUGAGACCAAGGGCCUGAAGGCUGAGGAUGUCACGGACCUCACGGAGAGAUGCUACUGCACCAUGAGGGAGACCUUUUUCAGACUGUCUGGCAUGGCAAAUGAGGCGAACGGCUCAGGGCACGGCCCUCAACAAUAGUAUUCCCAAAUAGCAGGGACUGAAAGGACUUGUUUCAAUUGCCAAAAUAUCCAAGGGGUUUCUCCCCGUCGUUUGCAGCAGGUUUGGACAAAUCCUAAGCCUCUGCUUAGGGUAACCUUAGUUGACAAACACCAUUUGUUGGGCCAGUUCUACUGUUCGGUGAAUCUCUUUGUGGGUUCGUUAUCUCCCAUGGGGAAGUGUCUCCUGCACUCAGUUUCUCAAACACCCUACAAGUGCUAGUGAAGCGCUCCUGUCCUGAUGCCCAGUGCAGUGACCAUUCUGAACUCUUCUGCAAGCUCAGGCCACGCAGCUUGGACAGUAGGUGUUGCAGAACACCACGUUAAGGUCCUGGCAUUGACGCUGUAAGCCUGACGCUUGCCAGAGCCAAUCCACUGGAUGCCAAAGACCGUGUUAGGUACAUCUUUGCAGCCUCCAAAGGAUUAAAACUUGCUUUCAUCCUGUCCCUAGCUGUUGGUGCUUGAGGAGAUGAGGGUGGGAGCAGUUAUUCAGACAGCGCUCUUCAUGCGGCUGCACUCCACUAGUACAUUCCCAGUGCUUAUGGGCAGAGACUGAUGCCCUAGUGAUAAGUCUUGCUCACAGCUGAAAUUCAACUUCUAAGGUCUCAGUUUCAUUCUUUCUCGCCUCCGACACAAUUUUGGUUUUUGCUGAAUCAACCGGUUGGGUUGUUGUUUAAAGACCCACUAAGCAUCUGUGAUUCUGCUCAGACAAAGAUGGGAGACCAACCGCUCACCGCUUCCUGAUGGAAUGGCCAAGUCCUAGGACGUAGCAGGGAACUGAAAUGUCCAGGAUUCUCUUACCAGAAGUCCUGGGGCAAGCUUUAGACAGAUGUCAGUCCCUUAUUUGCUCUCCAGACAGAGUGAAUUCCCCACCAGUACUUCUAGCAAUCUUGCAGCCUAAGGCUUUCUUUAGGUGGGCCUCUACACAUGCUUCCUUUGGGCGCUGCUGGGCUAGGACAGAUGUGCCUUAUGGGGCCAGCUACUCUUGAUGCUGUCCCUUAAUGAAGUCAAGUUUCCAUGUCCACUGAGUGGACAAGCUCCAUGUGGACUUAUUUAGGGGUGGGGCAGGAGGGGGAAAUGUGGAGACCUAAAAAACCCAACCCAACCAAACCUGCUGUAUAGUGUCUUAGUAGGUUUUAUCCAAACACUUAGCCUGAUGGCUGCCGUAAAGCAAACCUCUAUGGGGAUGCUAUCUCUAAACAAAAUCCCUGGGGUUUGUAAGUGAUGCAUGAACAUGCCAAGAACUAAACUAAAAGAUGAGAGAAACCCACAAAGAGACAGGGACUCAUCUCUGCUCAUCCCCAUUGUUUUGCAUUACAGCCAGCAUCCCUGACUUAAUAUUUAGUCUUUUACUCCACCUGAUGGCUUGCUUUUAGCAUAGUGCCAGGUAUGAUGGGCUGAGGGAAGGGUAGAUCUGGCACUUCCUUGGUAUUUGUUGCAACACUUUCAGUGCUCAAAUGUGUUUUUUUUUUUUUUGGUUUUUUUUUUAAAUUGUUUUUAAUCUAGGUUUUGUACCUAGAUUCUUUGUUGCUGCUCUUUCUUCCUAAGGGCUAUCCUCUGCUGUUCGACACAUUGCAUGUCUGAAGCAUUGACCAAAAGACAGUGCCUGCCAUACAAACAUGUCUUGGAACAUUCGCCUUACUAGGACUGUUCGUGUCAGUUGCAAAAGCCAUGGUGUUGGAGAUGUAAAAUAUGCUGGAUGGGAGAGGGGUAUGAUGGCCCUGAACCAGUGUUUCCUUUGGUCUGAAUUUACCAGCUGGGAAACAGUAGCUGGAGGGAUUCCCGGAAACUGAGUUUCAGACUCUCCUCACCCAGCAGUAGAAAUGUAGAGCCCCUCUCAAAGGGAGUAACAGCAGAGAUGAUGCUCUCUGGGGGAGCAGGCCUUAGCCAUGAAAACUCCCAGGGAUUUGAUGAGAGGCCUUGUCAGCUUGAGGCAACAUUCCCACAAAGGCAGUGCAUCUCCUCUUGUAAAGUAAUCUUGUGCAAUGUAUCGUCCCCAAGCCUCCUGCUCAGUGGGUGGCAGUAGAGAUGAUGCUGUCUCAAUCACUGAAUUCCUGUUUUUUCUUCCUAUAAAGGACACCAAAUCUAAUGCUUAAAAAGCACUAAUGCAGAACUGGGAGAAACCAAAUAGAGGAUGCUGGGGGUAGGUAGCUCCACAGGGCUCAAAGCUGUAGCUAGAGCUGUGUUUACAAAUGAAUAUUGGAGCAUCAAUCUGGUACAAUCCAGAUUUCAGAACUGAAAAGCAGGAGGGUUUUCUUCUUUUACUGGUUCUGUACUGAAAUCAAAGCAGCACUUUUCCCCUUCCAUAAGAACGGCAGACGACAUGGCUAUGUAGUUGAAGCAAACAUCCAAGUUCUUGUGGAGAUUUCAUACCCUCCUGCCCAGCGGCUCCGGUCUGGAGUGAGCAGUUGGGAUGGUAAGGUCGUAACGGGUGGAUAUUUUUCUUUGGCCAAUGAUGACUCUGUAUCAGAUGUAUAAAUCUAAGUCUGUCUGUUUAUGACGGAGGUGGGAAAAGAGCUUGAGCGUGUUCCAUUCUUUUAGUUGUUUAAAUGUAUGUUUGAUCAAUGUACAUUCUUAUAAAGCAGUUAUUUAAAUAGAAA